CAGCCUUCUGCAGGAUUCUGUUCACAGUCACAGGCGCCGGCGAGCACUCACACUGAGCCGGUAGAGGUGACCGAGGGUAUUCUCCAGAGUCUACUUGUUGCUUCGUCCAAGGAGAGGUGGACAGAGCGGACUGGACACGGUGAUGUCAGUGUAAAACAGUAACAUGUCGCCACAUAGCUCAUGAUGCCUCCGACACUUCCCAGCAGUGCACCGGAGAUCUGCACGGACUUAAGUUUUAACAAGUAUUCACUUGAAAUGCUGCUGAUCACCGUCCUCAAGGAGAAUCGGGAGAAACGGAAACCCACAAGAAGAAGCGAGGAGGGACCCUGAUGCGGUCAUCAACACGACUAUGUUUUCUUAAUCUGACGGACUGUAUCUUCCAGUCUUUUCAAGUGACCGGUUGACUUGAGUGAAGAUGAUCAAAGAGGGGUCUCGGUCGGCCACCUCGCUGCCACCGGAUGCCAUGGACAUCAUCCGCAGUAAGACCAACACCUGCCGAGUGAGACUCAAUGUUGGGGGCCUUCUCCACGAAGUCCUGUGGAGGACGCUGGACAGGCUGCCCCGCACAAGACUGGGCAAACUGAGAGACUGCAACACGCACGACUCUAUCAUCGAGAUAUGCGACGACUACUGCUUGGACAGCAACGAGUACUUUUUCGACAGACACCCCGGCGCCUUCACCUCUAUUCUGAACUUCUACCGCACUGGAAAGUUGCACAUGAUGGAGGAAAUGUGCGCCCUUUCGUUCAGUCAAGAGUUGGAUUUCUGGGGCAUCGACGAGAUCUACCUGGAGUCCUGCUGCCAGGCCAGGUACCACCAGAAAAAGGAGCAGAUGAAUGAAGAGCUGAAAAGAGAGGCCGAGAACAUGAGGGACAGGGGUGGAGAAGAGUUUACAACCACAUGUUGUUCCGAGAAGAGAAAGAAACUCUGGGACCUCUUGGAGAAGCCGAGCUCAUCAUUUGCUGCUAAGAUCUUGGCAAUUAUUUCCAUUCUCUUCAUUGUGUUGUCUACCAUUGCCUUGUCUUUGAACACCCUUCCAGAGCUGCAGGACACAGAUGAGUUUGGUCAUUCAACAGACAACCCGCAGCUGGCCCAUGUGGAAGCUAUAUGUAUUGCCUGGUUUACUAUGGAAUACCUACUUCGCUUCCUCUCUUCCCCCAACAAGUGGAAGUUCUUUAAGGGUCCUCUGAAUAUCAUUGACCUGCUGGCAAUCCUGCCCUACUAUGUCACCAUCUUCCUGACAGAAUCCAACAAGAGUGUGCUGCAAUUUCAAAACGUGCGCCGCGUAGUUCAGAUUUUCCGAAUCAUGCGUAUUUUGCGUAUUUUGAAGCUGGCUCGUCACUCCACAGGUCUUCAGUCUCUGGGUUUCACUCUUAGGAGGAGCUACAAUGAGUUGGGCCUGCUUAUCCUUUUCUUGGCCAUGGGCAUCAUGAUAUUCUCCAGUCUGGUGUUCUUUGCCGAAAAGGAUGAAGAGGACACUAAGUUCAAAAGCAUUCCAGCUUCCUUCUGGUGGGCUACCAUUACUAUGACCACAGUAGGCUAUGGAGAUAUUUACCCCAAAACUCUACUGGGAAAGAUAGUUGGAGGUUUGUGCUGCAUUGCCGGAGUACUGGUGAUUGCCCUGCCUAUCCCCAUCAUCGUGAAUAACUUCUCUGAGUUCUACAAAGAGCAAAAGAGGCAGGAAAAAGCCAUUAAAAGGAGGGAGGCUCUGGAGAGGGCUAAGAGAAAUGGUAGCAUUGUUUCCAUGAACACAAAAGAGGCUUUUGGCCGCAGUAUAGAGCUCAUGGAUAUAAUGGUGGAAAAUACUGAUGAAAAGGAGAAGAUGCAUGAUAAUCAUGUGUCUCUUAGUCUGCCAAAGGGGACACUUAAACUCAAGUCACAUUUAAGCCCCACCAAAACCCUUGAAUCCAACUACCAAGAGCAGGUCAAACCCUCAAGCAGCCCUCAGACUCUCAGUACACAGAAACUGGAGGAGAUGUACAACAAGAUGGCCAAGGCCCAGUCACAACCCGACAUCAACAAGGAAAAAGGGCCGCCAUUCAAAGCAGUUGGGCAGGGAUCUGAAUUAGAAAUGGGAAGUAUCCCCACUGGAGCCAUCUCAAGGAAAGCAGAGGCAUUUGCAGACGUAAGGAGCAUUUCCAGCAUUGACAGCUUCAUUAGCUGCGCCACUGACUUACCUGAGAGCUCUCGCUUUUCCCACAGCCCUGUCAGCAGCAUGCUAGGGAGGGUCAGUACCAACCCCAGCCUGCAGCCCACACUGGAGAAUGAGCAUGAAGGAUCUCAGGGCACCAAUACACCCCUGACAGGACAUGGCACCAAGCUUGGCAUGCAUUCUGACAUCCCCAGGAGUCUGCCCUUCAACAAACCACACAAAAGCCACGCACUCAAGGUCCACUUCAGAGCUGGGGAGGAUUCAGGGAUAUGGGCUCUCUCAGACAGCUCAUCAGCUCAGAGCCCUGAGGUGUCCGUGUACACAACUGCCAGCAGCAGGACACCCAGCAAGAGCCCAGAGAAUGUAAUGCCUAGCAGCCUCCUCACAUUCCACGAUGCAUCCAUCAAUAAAUUCAUUGAUGCUGACACAGAUGAGGAGGAGCACCUGUAUGAUGGUUCAGGCACAAAACCAUCCCAAAGACUUCUUGAAAAAGCCAGGCCCAAGUUUGGCCAUCACUCCAGCUUCCAGCAAGGGGCCAACCACAUGGAGGGCCUACAAAGGAAGCUGGGAAACAACACACUGCCGCUAGAAGGGCAAGAGAACCAUGUGGCUCAGGAACUACAGCCAUUUCAGGGAGAGAAGAGUCACUCUGAUGCUUAAAGUGGGUGUGACCACAGAGAAAACAUACAGGAGAGGAGGAAGCAGAAAGGAAAAUGUCAAAAGCACAGCGAACUUAGACAAUGAAAAGGUUUGCAGGAACAUUUGAAAAACUACGACUCAGAAGGCUUCUUUCAUAAAAAUAGAGGCAGACAAUGGGUAAUAUGUUUGUGUUUUGCUCUCAAAGCUUUUCCAGAGGAAAAGAAAAGAAAAAAAAGCAGAGGACUGGUCUAAGAGGUUUUAAAAAUGUCUGUCUGAUAGUUUUUAGUAUUUAUACAUGUGUUUUAGCCCAGAUCAUAAUGUAAUAACAAUCACCUAGUUUUAAGAGUAUAGGAUAUCAUUUUAUAAGCAAAAACCUAUUUAUUUAUUUUUUAUAUAUCCCCGGGGUAGUACCUUAAAGCCACUAUAGGAAACACUGUCCAAUCAGUAGCAAACCACAGAGGGCAUUGAAACAUGGCACUGCAAAAUGGGAAACUCAAUCAGCUGAGGUAUUUCAAACAACUACGUUGUUGUGUGAAUGAAGAACUUACAUUUGUCUUUUUAUUGGUUACACUGCAUAAAUAUGGCAUUACAAAGGCAACAGUGUGUUGUGAAAAUGUAUAGUUUGCUUCCUUUAACUUCCUUCCUCAAAACUGGCCUUUGUUUAUGUUGUCACCCAUAUUUAAUGUUUGUAUGAGAAAGAGAGACAUAUUCGGACAGACAGUAUAUUUAAAUAAACAGUACUGUUUAGUCAUUGUUAUGUAGCGUUCUUGAUCUCUUAAGUGUGAACUUGAGGAGCAUGUAUUUCCGUUUAGUUUACUGUCAUGCUAGUCCAUAUUUUUUUAAUGCACAGGAAACAUUUAGACAACAUAAUGAGACACUGUGAGGCUUCAUCCAUCGAUAUCGUUCUUGUUUCAGUGCUGCCAAGAGAGAGCACCAUGAUAAUUAUUGUCUUUAUAAACAGAAGAAAAUUCUUUAUUCUUGUUUGAAGUGGUGUUAUCAGAGCUUUAAUCUGUGGAAAAUCUAAAUAUCUUUGUGUUAUUUCAAAACGUUCUCAAAGGUGUCUCGAAGGAGGAGUCAUUAUUCCCAUUGUAGCUGAUAAAUAUAAAAAGACAGGUCUGAUGAUCAUCACUAGAUGGAAACACAGCACUGAAAAUCACUGAGAUUUUUUAAGUUGAACCUCCAGUUUUGGAAUGUGACUAUUGUACAUGUAUAACUACAAAAGUAGAAUGUUAAACACAAAAAACAUUAAAUGUACAAUUUACAGAAUGAAAAUAAUUUAUAUUUUUAUGAUAUUUUCUAAAAGAAUUGAUUUGUAGACAAAUAAUGUAUAUUGUUGUAAUU